CGUGCGACGGAGUCGGGGUCCUCGGAAUUGCUUGGUCUUUUGGCGGCAUGAUCUUCGUUCUCGUUUACUGCACCGCCGGUAUCUCAGGUGGCCACAUUAACCCCGCGGUCACCUUCGGGCUAUUCCUAGCCAGGAAAGUGUCCCUAAUCCGAGCGGUGGGCUACAUGGUCGCUCAGUGCUUGGGGGCCAUCUGCGGUGUUGGGCUCGUCAAGGCCUUCAUGAAGCGCUACUACGAUUCCCUCGGUGGGGGGGCCAACGAGGUCGCGCCUGGAUACUCCAAGGGCACCGCUCUCGGUGCUGAGAUUAUUGGCACCUUUGUCCUCGUUUACACCGUUUUCUCUGCCACUGACCCCAAGCGCAGCGCGCGUGACUCUCACGUGCCGGUUCUGGCUCCUCUGCCAAUUGGGUUUGCGGUGUUCAUGGUACAUCUGGCCACCAUCCCUAUCACCGGAACCGGAAUCAACCCAGCAAGGAGCUUUGGAGCUGCGGUCAUCUACAAUGAGCGCAAGGCUUGGCAUGAUCAUUGGAUAUUUUGGGUAGGUCCGUUUGUGGGAGCACUUGCAGCUGCUGCAUACCACCAGUACAUUUUACGGGCUGCAGCCAUUAAAGCCCUUGGCUCCUUCAGAAGCAACCCGAGCAACUGAGAGACAGACGACCGGGGAGCGAGCGUGUUUGUGAUCGAUAUGUAGUGUUGUGUUGUGACUCCUUUUUUUACUUUGUGAAUUAUGCGAUGCCCGUGUACUUUCUAGGGUGUUGUAGAUUAGUAGUGUGUGAUUGGUUUCUUUCUUUAUGUUAAUUAAUUGUUGUUGUUAUGUUCACUUUAAUCAUGUUGUGUCACUUUUUCCUUGAUCA